AUGAUAGAAACAAGAGAACACCCAGGGAAGCGGCUUGCCCGCUUUCUUCCGAUGAUUGUAAUAUGCAGUGUUAUGGCCAUCUUGUAUACAAUAUAUUUGUUGUACCACUGUUUACCAAUGUUUCAAGUUGAGGUACCCCCCGAGUACCGCGAUCAUGAAGCAAUUGCAACCGGAGCACUUCACUUUUUCACUGUGCAUGUUGGUGCUGCUAUGGUCCUCUGGUCGUUUUAUAAGACUUAUUCCACAGAGCCAGGGCGUAUUCCAGGCACUAAUGAAUGGCAGCGGCAGCCUCCACCUAAUCUCAUUCAUGAAAGGAAACGGGAUGGGGGAGCUAGAUACUGCCACAAGUGUUCGAAGUAUAAACCCGACCGCUGCCACCACAGUAGCAACACAGGACGCUGCGUUCUUAAGAUGGAUCACUACUGCCCAUGGGUUGCCAAUGAUGUUGGGUUUUUCAAUUAUAAGUUCUUCUUCCUGACGCUGCUGUAUAGUGGGGGUACCCUGACAUUCGUCUGCACAACAAUGACGACCACUGUUAGGGCUUCGAUUGGCGACUCGAAUAUUUCCUUCGAACAGGUUUUUUUUACACUUCUUGGAACUGCAUUGAGUUUCUUUCUCCUCGCCAUUGUUCUUCCAUUCUGCAUUUUUCACUGCUGGUUAAUAGCCACUAAUUGCACGACCAUCGAGUUCUGUGAGAAGCGACGCACAGGCAAGGACCACCCCUAUGAUGUUGGCACUGCUGAAAACUUCACACACGCACUCGGAGAACAACCACUGUGGUGGCUCCUUCCCGUUGGAGGGCCAUCCGGGAAUGGGAUCAUAUUCCCUCGCAGCCGCUAG